GGGGAUGUUCCAGACUAGAAGAAAAAAAAAAACGGCACUGUAGCUGGUACACUUGGCCUUAGAUACAAGGCUGUGCUAUCUGAAAUCGAUGAGGGUGCCAGAGAUCUGUGAAUUCGGCAGAAGCAGAGAUCAAUACAGGUGCAGGUCUCAGUGCUCCGUGGACUGAAUAUUCAUUUCAGCUAUGGCGUCGUGUCGGAGGAUGUAGAUGAAGGUGGUAUUCUCCAAUUUUGUGCGCCACUAGAAAAGGCAGUCCUCAUGAUCAAGGAUAAUUAUUCAUUUCACAGACUUGUGAAUGAGUGUCUGGACGGUGGAGUUUGGUGCGUAGACCGGGUGAGCUAGAAAGAGGGAAGAAUUAUCUCAAAGUUGCAGAUGGAGCAUAAGGCAUCCGUAUCAACGCAGGAUGAUAGUGGUGUGCGAAUAGAUAAGAGUGCUCAGCAAAGUGACCGCGGUGAUUGCCAACCAAAGGGAGUUUUGGGAAGAAAGAAAUGCAUCCUGAGUCUUGAUGGCGGAGGCGUGCGUGGUCUCAUCGAGUGCGUGAUCCUUGAGCGUCUCGAAUUUCAUCUCCAGAAUUUAGAGGGACAGAAUGUCAGAAUAGCGGAUUAUUUUGAUGAGAUUGCUGGGACAAGCACGGGCGGACUCAUAGCCUGCAUACUCGUUGUGCCUGACCCUGUGACCAAGCGGCCGAAGCACACUGCUAAGGACGCGAUUAAUUUCUACCUGCAAAAUUCUCCCAAAAUCUUCCCGAAGAAAAGUGGAUUGCUUUCUAGUUUGAGGAGCCUGAUUACCAGGCUGACUGGUCCCAAGUACAAGUCUGCUCCUCUGGAAACGAUCCUCAAGGAAGUGGUUGGGGAUCUAAAGCUUACAGAGACCGUCAAGCCUAUCAUUAUUCCGUCGUACGACAUCAACUACCAAUCUUCAGUCUUGUUCUCCACAACACAGGCCAUAUCAAAGCAGAUUCCAGAUUGCUUUAUUCGUGACGUUUGCCGAGCAACCACGGCAGCGCCUACCUACUUCGCGCCCUAUUAUUAUACCUCCAUUACUGACGAGGGAGAGAGGAUAGAAUUCAAUCUGGUGGAUGGAGGAGUUGCUGCAAAUAACCCAGCCUUUAUUGCUGUGAGCGAGCUUCUCAAAACUCAAGCUGUACAAAACGAAGAAGAAAUGAAAUAUGAAGACCUCUUGGUUCUCUCCCUCGGCACUGGAAGAACUACGGUGAGCUAUGCUGCGAAGAACGCUGCCAAGUGGGGUACUCUUUCUUGGAUAUAUAACAAUGGAAACGUGCCGCUACUGGAUAUGCUCUUGUUGGCCUCACAAGACAUUGUAGAUUAUAAUAUGUCCAAUACCUUUUACGAGCAAUGUAGUCAUGACAAUUACCUGCGUAUUCAGACAGAAGAGCUUGAGGAGUCCCAAAUGCAAUUGGACAAUUCUUCUCAAUCCAACUUGCAAUCACUCAUAGCUACUGCGAGGAAGCUCUUGCAAUCCAAAGCGCAGAUGCGUAACAGAUUUGGCCAGUUUGUUCCAGACCCACGAUGGACAAUUUACGACGCAGCCCUCUCCCAGUUUGCGUCCUGGCUCGUGAGGGAGAGGAAUGCUCGAAAUCCACCACAAAGUUUGUAAUCAGUAGAAUACUGCAGAUUACGAUGUAUAGUAAUUUCACACGAAAUUUGCUCUCACCUAGAUUAGGGUGCUUGAUACAACAUAAGUGUCCAGAAACAGUUGUUGUAGUCAUCUAAGGUAUGGUUCGCUUUCUCCAUGUCUAUGCACCCCAUAGAAAUAAUAAGCCCAAAAAUUGUGUCCGGACUUUGAAA